AUGAUUUCUAAACACUAUAUUAUCGCUGGUCUAUGUUUUAUUUUGGCUAUUAUUGGAAUUGAAAGAACUAUUUAUUGGUUCCUUUUUGUUUCUACAUUCAUUUUUGGUUUUAUUAUCCAUCUGAUUGUUAACAAAAAAAUAUGGAUCAAGUCAAAUCCAAUUUAUGACAAAAUCAAAACAGCUUUCAUUCAAUCAAAAUUAUUUAUUCGUAUUUCUGAUUUACAAAAUGAUUCAUCAUCAAGUUUGAAAAAGUCAAAAUCAUCGACUGAACGUGCACCACUAACAGGAAUAUCAGAUAUUGAUGAACCACUUUAUGAAUUAGUUGAUUUAUUUGUUCGUGAUUAUAUUGAAAUAUGGUAUAAAACUCAAAUAAGUUCUGAUGAAUCAUUUAUUGAUGAUGUAAAAAGUGGAAUCUAUACAACUAUUCGUCAUUUAUCGGAAAGAUUACGUGAAAUUGAUUGGUUGGAUUUUUGUACUGGAACCAUUGUUGAUAGUUUUGCAACACACGUUCGAUUAUAUCGAAAUGCAAAAGAACGUUUACGUCUAGAACAAUCAACAGAUAUUCGUUCAUGUUUUUUCGAUUUAGAAGCUGAAUAUGAAAGAGGCAUUUGUCGAGAUGAAGUUUGUAUGGAUAAAGAUAAAGAAAAAGAAUUUCUUCGAGAUAUUGUUGAAGUUCUCAUCUAUAUUCUUUUGCCUGCUAAUGAAUUCCGUUGUGUACCAGCUCGGGUUCUUAUUCGAGAAGUUGCAGUUAAUUUAGGUCUAAUACCUUUUAUUGAUAUGUAUUCAGAUCCAGAUGCAAUCAAUCAAUUGAUUAUCAAUAUGCUAGAGGUGUCAGCCGAAGGGGUGAACGGCGGCGGUGGGCAACAAUUUUCAAUUUUUAAAGAUUUCCAGCGGCUUAUUAUUUGA